AGGACGACCAAGCUGCGCGCUAACCAGAGGCAGACUUAGCCAAACAGAGAGCGGUUAGCUGUGAAAUGAGACGAGAAUUUUAGGAUACUGAGAGCCUCAGAGGAAACAUGCAGGUACACGACUUCGAUAAAGGUGUGUUUGAGGCGCUGACAACAGAGCAUUAAACUGCCGUACCUUUCUAAUUCUUCGUCACUAAGCAGGUCCAUGUCAGGGUCCAUGUUCACAGCAUCACAGUUCUCUGUCGCCAUUUUGCCGUGGACGAGGAGGGGCGGGGCCUCGCACUGCAGCAGUGACGUAGACUGUAAACAGGAAGUAGCCUGUCUGGUAAGAAAAGCGGUUUGCUAACCUUCGAGGGGUUUUCUCUUUGAAAAUGCGCUUGUGUUCAUAAGCUACCGAUAUCAUUAUAAAUAAAUUUGAAAGUAAGACCUCAAUUUAAGCCAUGUUGAUUAUUUGACCUGACUUGGUUUCAGUGAUCGCGUCAUUCUGGAUCUCCAUUGAAAGCUAAUGCUAAGCUACACAUCCUGUACAGAUACUGAGCCAGUUGUAGACUAUGUGAUCGUGAUAUUUUCGUCAAGCUUCCAUUUCUUUAUUGUAAUAAGCCGACAGCUGUCUGCAGAAGAAUCAAUAUCACAUAUAUAGAUGUGCUAGCAAGUGUAGUCUGUAAUUGCUAUUCUCUGCAGAAGCGAUAUGAAAUCAAAUGACAGUUUUCCUAUCUGUGCAUCAAAAACAGGUUUCAGGACCAUAGGAGGUCAUGGGGAAAAGCUGCAAAGUGGUUGUGUGCGGACAGGCUGCAACUGGUAAAACAGCUGUACUGGAACAACUGCUGUAUGCUAACCAUGUCGCAGGUAAACCUCAAUUUAUGUAUGAACACAUUUUUCAAUAAGGAUUGGGGGAGAGUGGGGUAAGAUGAGCCUCUUCUUCAUAUUUCGGAUCACUACAUCAAGGCAAUCAUAGUUUUGUCUCUAACUAGUGUAUCUGCAUAUAUUUCAAUAUGGUGUGCAUCCAUGAAAACCAACAAAAUAAGUGUAAACAUAACUGUCUUGAUAAUAUAGCAUGCCAAACAAAAAGUGGUCUCCUAUGGUCAACUUACCCUGUGUAUGGGGUAAGUUGACCAUAGGAGCGGGGUAACUGUAGCUCUCAGAUACCACAGUUGAUGUAUAAAACAAAUUUAAAAUGAUAUUUUUUGGUCUGAACACAAAUCUAAUAAAACAUAUAACAGACUAGAUUCACUUUCAAGAGUGAAAAAUGUUUUUUUUUUUUUUUAAAUAAAUGUCUAACCCCUUCACCCAUGUGCUUCUAACCUUCACAGACUCCAUGAAUUGAUGCCCAUCUCCUAAAUAUUUGGUCACAUGAUCAAUUUCUUUUACCAUUUCCAAGCAACAGGGGGUGGCUCAACUUACCCCACUCUCCCCUAUUGAGUUUGACCAUCAAUAACACAUGCAUUACCACUCAGUGUUUAGAAUGUAUAACAACAUAUGUGUCCAUAAUUGGGUGUCCACUGUCAGGUUCAGAGCCUAUGGAGACUCUGGAGGACAUCUACAUUGGCUCCAUAGAAACUGACCGUGGCACAAGGGAGCAGGUGCGCUUCUAUGACACCCGUGGGCUUCGGGAUGGGAUGGAGUUUCCUCGACAUUACUUCACUUUUGCAGAUGGCUUUGUACUUGUCUACAGCAUUGACAGUAAAGAGUCUUUCAAACGCAUGGAGGCCCUUAAGAAAGAAAUCGACCGUCACAGAGACAAGAAAGAGGUGAGAACAAUGUCUUUAUAAAUAUGUUUGUAUAUUUAAAAAUAAAAGCUGAAAAAAUAUUAUUUUCAAUGAUAUUUCUCCCUAAUCCAAGUCGAAUGUGAACAGAUAUAACACUGGAGUGGGACUAACUUGAUGACUCUAAUCCACAGGUCACUAUUGUUGUGCUGGGUAAUAAGCUUGACAGGCAGGAUGAGAGAAGAGUCGACGCUAACAUAGCUCAAAACUGGGCAAAGAACGAGAAGGUGCGUCUGUGGGAGGUGUCGGUGGUGGAUCGUCGCACACUCAUCGAACCCUUUGUCUAUCUCGCUAGCAAAAUGACCCAGCCUCAGAGCAAGUCUACCUUCCCUCUCAGCCGCAAUAAGAACAAGGGAAGUGGCUCUACAGACAGUUAAAUGAGAGUGAGAAGGGAGUCGGAAGAGGCGAAAACCUAUUUAGAUACUUUGAAGGAUUGAGAGUUGGGGUUGAUUUGAGCGUUGGAAGAGAAAGCAGGAUGAUUGUAUCGAAACUUGGUUAAAGAAAGUGCGUUGUGUUUGUAGAGCAUCUAAAUUUGAUGUUUGUUAGGGAUCCAGCUUCAUCAUAGCUGGCUGAAAAUACUGAUGUGUUGGUGUUUUUAUUUGUCAUUCCCUCAUUGGUCAAACUUUUUAUUCACAUUUUUGCAGUUACGUGCUGUUAUUGACAAUGUCAUGCUAGACCAUGACAGAGAGGCUCUUAAACUACUGACAAUCAGCAUUUUGAUUGUGGAUUUAAUUUGAAUAGAUCUCAGACUCAGUUACUGAACAGAUGAAUCAGGGCCCAUCCACAUGUACAGAGAGAACAGUUUUAUUUACAUGAACACUACAUGUAUCACAGACUGAACUCAUGCAUCACACAUUUGCUGUAUUUUAUAUGUUUUAAAUGUCAAAAAGGUGAAGGGAUUUUAUGAACAAAUAAGUGAAGAUGUUCGGUGAUGUAGAGAUGUUACUCUUGAAAUGUUCUUUACUGAGAGUAAAUGUGUGAGAUUCCUUCUACACAUAUUGCCUUUUGUACAGGCUUUAAGACUUUAUAGAAGAAUGAAAAAAGUUCCAGUGAAUCAUGGUUUCUGCAGGCUCAGGUGCUGUUUUUAUGGUUUUUAAAUAUCCUAUUAGAUAUGGUCAAAAGUCCUGGCACCAGCAACAAAGCCUAUAAUGUUAUUAGACACAGUUUUAGAUGAAGUUCUGGCAGAUUUCAAAACAAAAUCCAAAAGUUCUCAUUCACUAUUCAGGGUGCAACACUAGUCAGAAUGAUCAGCUUUCAGUGUUUGUUUUAUUGAAAGGGAAAUGUGUUGACAUUGUUUUGAGUUUCAUGAGCUUGUGACAGAGUGCAUUAGAAAAAUGUACCACACGUGCAACCUCUUUUGUAAAAAUAAAUGCUUAUGUGUGCAUAUUGUCAAACUGUGCUCACUUGAUUUUUGUUUGCAGGUGUUGUAAACAAAUAAAGUGAUUUUAUGUGCUGAAACAGGAC